AUGGAUGCCGAAACUGAAGCUCCCCAAACCACGGUCCCGGUCAAGGUUCCGGAACCUGAAGAUAAAGCUCCACCAACCUUAGCAGAGCCCGCUUCUGGUGUGGUCGCAGAGAUGUCCGGCGCCCUUCCCGCAGAUCAUGAGCCUGCAAGUGAGCCGAAGCCAGCUGAGUCUACCGAUGCCGCUACAGCAAAUGGGACUGCCGAGUCUACCUCAGAGCCACCCAAGGAAGUGGUCGAAACCACGGCUGAGCCUGCUGCCGAGCCUGAGCCCGAGACUGCACCUCCAGCCACUGGUGACACAGAAGUAAAGGAGGCGGGAGAGGCGGAUGUUGCUCAACCAGAGACCAAUGGCGCCCCAGCGGACAAGAAGGGCUCUUCCUCACGGAGAAAGUCAUCGGCUGGUGUCCCUGAGCACAAGGGCAAGAAGCUCAACAAGAAGAAGUCCAUGCCCAAGAUGACGAAUCUUGACGCAAAACCUGGCGAAUAUUACUUUGCUAGGUUGAAGAGCUACCCGCCAUGGCCGGCCAUCAUCUGUGAUGAGGAGAUGCUUCCUGACAUCCUCCUCAACACCCGACCUGUCACCACCAAGAAGGCGGACGGCACUUACAAUGAACCAUACGCUGAUGGUGGCAAGAAGGUUACUGAUCGCACCUUCCCUGUCAUGUUCUUGUAUACCAAUGAAUUUGCCUGGAUUCCGAACACGGACCUCGCUCCACUCAACCCCGAUGAUUGCAAGGAUGUCUCAGAGAAAGGCAAGUCGAAGUCACUGCUGGCCGCCUACGAAGUCGCCGCAGAGGACCAUGACCUGCAAUACUUCAAGAGCAUGCUCGACGACCAUGCCGCUGCAAUCCAGGCCGAGAUAGACGCAAAGGAGGCCCGUGAAGCUGAGAAAGCUGCCAAGUCUGACAAGAAGAAGCGCAAGAGUGAGGCAAAGAUCGAGACUGAAGAUGUCGAGAUGGAUGAUGCCGAUCCAGCGCCCAAGAAAUCGUCCAAGAAGCGCAAGAAGGAGGCUGAUAGCGAGGACGAGGAAUCCGAAAAGCCUGCCAAGACUCCGAAAACCACAAAGAUCAAGUUGACCACCAGCAAAACUCCUAAGACCGAGGAGAAGAAGCCCAAGGAGAAGGCAAGCAAAGCUCGAUCUGAGAAGAGAAAGUCCAAGGCUGCAACGAGCGAUGAGGAGAUGGUUGAUGCUCAGCCCGAGCCCGAGGAGAAGCCUCUAGACCCUGCUGAAGCACGCAAAGCUCGUGAGAGAGAAGUUCUCUUCCUUCGACACAAGCUACAAAAAGGCUUUUUGUCCAGAGACCAGGCGCCUCAAGAAGAAGAAAUGCCCCAAAUGUCCACCUUCAUCAAGAAAUUGGAAGGCUACACCGAUUUGGAAGUCAGCGUCAUUCGCACUACCAAGAUCAACAAAGUUCUCAAGGCGUUGAUCAAACUCAACACCAUUCCUCGAGACGAAGAAUUCCAAUUCCGCAAGCGUUCGAUCGAGCUUCUAAGCCAGUGGAAUAAGAUCCUCGGUUCAGAGCCCACCGACGCGGAGGCGGGUGCGGAUAAAGAGGGCAAAGCGUCACCAGCCACCAACGGUGUGCACGAGGAGAAGUCGGAAGAUGCUGCCACAGAGAAAAAAGACGAGCCUCCUGCCGCCGCCGACAAACCUGCCGAGACAACAGAGGAGAAACCGGCGGAGACCGAGGAUGACAAGGCUGCGAAGAUCGCUGAAGAGAAGCCGGUCGAUCCCGAGCCUGACAAGCCUGCAGAGACCACCGAGGCAAGCGCUGAACCGGAGAAGCCAGCUGACGACCAAUCGAAGCCGACUUCUGCUGAGGAAUCAUCGAAACCCGAAGUUGGUGUCUCUGAAGCUGUUGACAAAGCACCCGAGUCAGCUGAAGCUGCUGCCGAGGCUGCGGAUGUGGUUAAGGCUACUGAAUGA